AUGUUGACACUGGCCCCCCUGUGCCUGCUGCGUGAGCCCUGGAAUGCCAGCGAGGGCAACCAGAGCAAUGCCAUGGCUGGGGCUGGCAGUGCCUGGUGCCAGUGGCUCAAUGUCCCCAACAAGCUCUUCCUCACACUGGGGCUGGUGAGCCUGGUGGAAAACCUGCUGGUGGUGGCCGCCAUCCCAAAGAACAGGAACCUGCACUCGCCCAUAUACUACUGCUGCCUGGCUGUCUCUGACAUGCUGGUGAGCUUCAGCAACCCGGUAGAGAUGCUCUUCAUGCUGCUGAUGGAGCAUGACAUGCUGAUGAUCCACACCAGCAUUGUCUGCCACAGGGACAAAGUCAUCGACAUGCUCAUCUGCAGCUCUGUCGUGUCCUCCCUCUCCUUCCUGGGGGCCAUUGCUGUGGACCAAUACAUCACCAUCUUCUAUGCUCUGUUCUACCACAGCAUCAGGAGGCUGCAACAGGCCAUGGUAACCAUGGCUAGCAUCUGGCUGGACAGCAUGGUCUCCAGCACCAUAUUCAUCACAUACUACCACAACACCACCAUCCUCCUCUGCCUCAUCAGCUUCUUCCUCUUCAUGCUGGUCCUCAUGCUCGUGCUCUAUAUCCACAUGUUUGCCCUGGCCCGCCACCAUCUCCACAGCAUCUCCAGCCAGCAGAAGCAGCUCAUCAUCUACUGCAGCAGCAGCCUCAAGGGAGCUGUCACCCUCACCAUCCUCCUGGGCAUCUUCAUCUGCUGGGGCCCUUUCUUCUUCCACCUCAUCCUCAUCGUCACCUGCGCCACCAACCCCUUCUGCACCUGCUUUUUCAGCUACUUCAACCUCUUCCUCAUCCUCAUCAUCUGCAACUCUGUGACUGAUCCCCUCAUCUACACGUUCUGUAGCCAGGAGCUCCGGUGGACUCUGUGGGAGGUGGUUCUGUGCUCCUGGUCCCUCUGCCCCGGGGGGACCGGGAUGUCCCCGCCCGUGCCCGCAGUGCCGAGGUCCCUGUGCCGAGUGGAGGGGGGAGGGGCGGUGCCGGUGCCGCAGGGCUGUUGCAGCGUUGCGGCGGCGGCCGCCGAUUGGCUGCGGGGCGGCGGUGACUUUCUGUGCUCCCGGUACCGCUCCUGGUCCACGUCUCAUUUCCAUCCCAUUCUGCUCCGGCCCGGCAGCACCAUGAGGGAGAUUGUCCACAUUCAGGCGGGGCAAUGCGGCAACCAGAUCGGCGCCAAGUUCUGGGAGGUGAUCAGCGACGAGCACGGCAUCGACCCCAGCGGCAACUACAUGGGUGACUCGGACCUGCAGCUGGAACGCAUCAGCGUCUACUACAAUGAGGCCUCUUCUCACAAGUAUGUGCCUCGCGCCAUCCUGGUGGACCUGGAGCCAGGGACGAUGGACAGUGUGCGCUCCGGUGCCUUUGGCCACCUCUUCCGCCCUGACAACUUCAUCUUUGGGCAGAGUGGGGCUGGGAACAACUGGGCAAAGGGGCACUACACAGAAGGGGCUGAGCUGGUGGACUCGGUGCUGGAUGUGGUGCGGAAGGAGUGCGAGAACUGCAACUGUCUGCAGGGCUUCCAGCUGACUCACUCCCUGGGUGGUGGCACUGGCUCUGGCAUGGGCACCCUCCUCAUCAGCAAGGUGCGGGAGGAGUAUCCCGAUCGCAUCAUGAACACUUUCAGUGUGGUGCCAUCCCCCAAAGUGUCGGACACGGUGGUGGAGCCCUACAACGCCACACUCUCCAUCCACCAGCUGGUGGAGAACACAGAUGAGACCUACUGCAUUGAUAAUGAAGCUCUCUAUGAUAUUUGCUUCCGCACCCUCAAGCUGGCCACCCCCACCUACGGUGACCUCAACCACCUCGUCUCAGCCACCAUGAGUGGUGUCACCACUUCCCUCCGCUUCCCUGGCCAACUCAAUGCUGAUCUCCGUAAGUUGGCAGUCAACAUGGUGCCCUUCCCGCGUCUCCACUUCUUCAUGCCAGGUUUUGCCCCACUGACAGCUCGUGGCAGCCAGCAGUACCGUGCCCUCACUGUCCCCGAGCUAACCCAGCAGAUGUUUGAUGCCAAAAAUAUGAUGGCUGCUUGUGACCCCCGCCACGGCCGCUACCUCACUGUGGCCACUGUCUUCCGAGGCCGCAUGUCCAUGAAGGAGGUGGACGAGCAGAUGUUGGCCAUCCAGAGCAAGAACAGUUCCUAUUUUGUGGAGUGGAUUCCAAACAAUGUCAAGGUGGCUGUCUGUGACAUCCCUCCACGAGGGCUGAAAAUGUCUUCCACCUUUAUUGGCAAUAGCACGGCCAUCCAGGAGCUCUUCAAGCGCAUCUCUGAGCAGUUCACAGCCAUGUUCCGCCGCAAGGCCUUCCUCCACUGGUACACAGGUGAAGGGAUGGACGAGAUGGAGUUCACCGAGGCCGAGAGCAAUAUGAAUGACCUGGUGUCUGAGUACCAGCAGUACCAGGAUGCCACAGCUGAGGAGGAAGGUGAGAUGUACGAGGACGAGGAGGAGGAGUUGGAGGCGCAGGGUGCCAAGUGAUGCCCAAUGUCCCACUCCUCUGCUGCCUGCAGCUGUCCUGGCUUUGUGCUGCUGUACCCCCAGGCCCCAGCUGGACUCCCCCUGCACCCCUAUGGUGUAUCAUGACCCUGUCCCCUCCCCUGAGCCUUCUCCACCCUUCCCCCUGCCUCCCCCCUUUUUGGUUUACUGGGUUGUGUCUGUUUUGUUUUUUUUUUUUCUUUUAAUACUUAAUAAAUUUAUUGCUGUCCAA